AAAUAGACAAAUGGGAUGGCACCCAACUAAAAAGCUUCUGCACAGCAAAAGAAACAACAAAGUGAGGAGCGAGGCUACAGGAUGGGAGAAAAUCUUUGUAAACCAUACACCUGAUAAGGGGGCUAAUAUCCAAAAGAAACAAGGAACUCAAUAACAAGAAACAAAUAUCCGAAUUUAAACAUGGGCAAAGCACCUGAACAUACAUUUCUCAACAGACACAUGAAAAAAUGUUUAACAUCGCUAAUCGUGCAGGAAAUACAAGUGAAAAUCUCAAUGAGAUACCACCUCACACCUGUUAGAAAGGCUACUACCAAACCAUAGGAGAUAACAGAUGCUCGUGAGGAUGUGGAGGAAAGGGAAGCCUUACGUGCUAUCGGUGGGAAGGGAAAUGAGCGCAACCAUUUUGGAAAAUCAUAUGGCAGUCCCUUAGAACACCAAAAAUAGAGGUACCAUGUGAUCCAGCAACCCCACUUGUGGAUGGUAUCCACGGGAAUUGAAGUCAGCAUGCUGAAGAGGUGUCUGCCUCCAUGUUCAGUGCAGUGCCAUUCACAACAGCUAAGACACGGCAGCAACCCGACUGCCCAGCAUCAGACGGAUGGAUAGGAUGGCGUGUCUACACUGUUCAGCCUUAACAGAGAUGGCCAUUCUAUCAUUUGUGACAACAUGGAUGAACCCAGAGGACGAUAUGCUAAGUGAAGUAAGCUAGGCACAGAACGACGAAUACUAUACGGUCUGAUUUUUAUGUGGAAUCUGAAAAAGUUGAACUCCUAGAAGCAGAGAGAAUGGUGGUCACCAGGAGCUGGAAAGUAGGGGACUAGGGAUGGGGAGAGGGGAGACAUUGCUCUUAGGGUACAAAGUUCCAGUCAGGAAGAGUAAGCUGAAGGCCCUAUUGCACAGCAUGGCAAAUAUCCCUAACAAUAGCACCUUGUGUAUUUCACAGUUGUUUAAAGAGUACAUUUUAAGUGUUCUUUUUUCAUUAGCUUGACUGAAUCUUUCUACAAUGCAUAUUGUAGAAAUCACAUUUCUACAUAUAUCACAUCAGAACAUCAUAUUGUACCCCAUAAAUAUCUAUGGUUAUGUUGAUUAAAAAUUAAAAGAAUAACUGGGGAGAAGAGAGGAGAGGGAAUGCUGGAUGAUUAAAACCAGCCAAGAUCCCCUGCAGGGGGUGACCCAGAAACCAAAGGUGAGUAGGAGUGGCCCAGUUUGGGAGGGGAGUGGGCCCUCACUGUGAGAUGCCAAGGGGACACUCCUUGGUGAGGUGAAAAGGGGUUGCGCCUCAUCAAAGGGUUCGGAUUUUAUUCCAAGCAGGGGUGGAGGUGGGAUGAUCUGGUUCAUGUUUCAGAGUAUAAACUGGCCACCCCCGCAGGGCUCAAUCACAGGGGCCCCUUCCUGUGGCUCCCCUCCCACUUUCCCAUGCACCCCCUCCCCUCCUCCUAUGCGCUCCCUCCUUCCCACUAACCACUUAUCACCUCCACAGCCCUCUGUCACCUCCGGGCCUCCAGCCUUCUCACCUGGGAGCAGAGCCACAUGAUGGUGGUAAAAAUAACUCCCUUUGACAAAGUGUGAAGGGGGCAGAGGAAGGAGGGAAGCUGAGCCCCAGAGCUAGGAAAGAGCUCUGGGAGGGUUCUGAGCUCUGGGUCACCCUCGCUCACUGGGGACACAGCAGUCACGGGCUCUACCCCCGAGAGUGCACACCCAUUGCCAGCAGCAGUGACUCACACUGGGUGAAGUAGCUCCCAAAGCGGUAAGGACUGGGAGCUGGACUGACUCCCGACACACCCAGUCCCCUCCAAAGCCUGCCACGACCCUCCAGGCUGGGGACUCCCCCGGCCCCUCCCCCAACCCUGCGCUCUGUCCUCAGGUCCCCUGCAUGGUAUCAGCGAUGCUUGCCCCCCCGCCCCAGUCCUCAGGCAUUUCUCUGAGUCCCCGCCCCCCGUCGGGGUCCCCAUGGCGGGCACGGCGGCAGCAGGUGGGCGGCCUCCCCGGGUGAGCAUGCAGGAGCACAUGGCCAUCGAUGUGAGCCCGGGCCCCAUCCGGCCCAUCCGCCUCAUCUCCCACUACUUCCCGCACUUUUACCCUUUGACGGAGCCUACCCUGCACCCUCCGGACCAGCGCCCCGCGGCGGCGUCUACCAUCCGCUCUGCACCCCAGCCGCAGCCCGACCCAGAGCCAGAGAGAGACUCAGACGACAGCACUGCCCUGGCCACCCUGGAGUUCACACUUCUUUUUGAUGCGGACAACAGUGCCUUGCACUGCACAGCUCAUCGUGCCAAGGGCCUCAAGCCGUUGGCCUCAGGUUCCGUGGACACCUAUGUCAAAGCGAAUCUGCUGCCAGGGAACAGCAAGGCCAGCCAGCUUCAGACACGCACCAUUCGAGGUACGAGGGUACCUGUCUGGGAGGAGACGCUCACCUAUCACGGCUUCACCCGCCAGGAUGCUGUGUGCAAGACCCUUAGGCUGUGUGUGUGUGAGGACCCAUGGCUGCGGCGACGGCGGCGGGCACCUCCCCUAGGGGAGCUGCAGGUGCCCUUGAGGAAGCUGGUGCCAAACCGAGCCAGGAGCUUCAACAUCUAUCUGGAGAAGCGGAGGCUGGCCAAGAGGCCCAAGAGCCUGGACACAGCCCGCGGCAUGUCCCUCUAUGAGGAGGAGGUGGAGACAGAGGUGGCCUGGGAGGAACAUGGGCGCGUCCUGCUGUCACUGUGCUACAGCUCUCAGCGGGGUGGCUUGCUGGUGGGUGUGCUGCGCUGCGUCCACCUGGCCCCCAUGGAUGCCAAUGGUUACUCGGACCCCUUUGUGUGCCUUUUCCUGCAUCCAAAUGCAGGGAAGAAAUCUAAAUUCAAGACCAGUGUUCGCAGGAAGACCCUGAACCCCGAGUUCAAUGAGGAAUUCUUCUACUCAGGCCCACGGGAGGAGCUGGCCCAGAAGACGCUGCUAGUGUCUGUGUGGGACUAUGACCUGGGCACGGCUGAUGACUUCAUUGGUGAGUGGGAACAUGAGGAGCUGGGGUGGGGGCCCAGUAGGCUACUGGCGGUUCCUGACCCAUCCCCCAUGGCAGGCGGGGUACAGCUGGGCAGCCAUGCCAGUGGGGAGCGCCUGCGGCACUGGCUUGAGUGCCUGGGCCACAGUGACCACCGCCUGGAGCUGUGGCACCCACUGGACAGCAAGCCUGUCCAGCUCAGCAACUAGCCCAGGGGCCCUGCCUGCCGCCCCUCCACUACAGCUGCCUAAAGUGUCCCCACAAAAAUGAUGGAGGUUGGGGCUGCCUCACCCAUCACGCCCCCCAGUCCCAAGUCAGAGAGGUGUUUCCUCUCUCCCCGCUUUCACAUUCACCGCCCCCCCAAAUCAUGGAGCCGAAAUAAACAUCUCUUUCAAGCCAGA